CCUCAGCAAUGGCCGCCACAAGGCCAUGGUCAUGGAUGUAGGAAGCGCGUUUGGCGCCAAAUCGCCCGUCAGUUACUCAUAAACCGCCGCGCAGUGCGUUCCGUUCUUUUUCAAUCUGUUACAUAAAUAAAUGAAUGUUUUUUUUAAUAAUAUCAUAGAACAUUAAGUGAAAUGGAAUUUAGAACUUGUCGAAUUCUAUUGUUGGACGUUAUUAACAUUUUGUGUUUAAACUAUGUUUGGCAAUAAAACAAGAAUUAAUGCAAUGCAGCGCAACAAGAAAACAUUUUGAACGUCCAGAUACAAGAUGGUACUACCAACAUUACGGCGGUGUUGUGGGUGUCUCUCUUUAGAGACAGGAUGUCUCGUACUCUGCAUUAUAUCUACUUUAUUCUGCAUAGCAUACAUAGUGGUAGGCGCAUGGAAUCUACCUCGUCACAGAGUGAGAGAGAAAGAAGAUAACCUAAUCUCAUUGACUAUGAUCAUGUUCUCUGCACUCUCGGGCAUUAGUAACCUCGUUGUGUUGGCAGGCAUGGGAUUUAGACGUCCAGAAUUCCUGCAGCUGUCGAUCCUGUUCAACUCGUUCUUCAUCUUGUGCCUGUUCCUUGUCGCCGCAGUGACCUGUCUAUUCAGCAGCGAACUCCGACCGCAUCUCGACAACCCUAUUCACAUUAUUGCUGUUGUUUUCCUGUUUAUUGUUGGAGCUGGGUAUUCUCUAUACUAUUUGACUGUCGUUAACAGUUUGUACAGGAAGAUGAAGGAACCCUACGGCGAGACAGUGUUGCCAAAACAACGGACAAGCAGAAUAAAUAGUGAUUUUUAAUUCAUAUGUAUUAUAAUUUAAGGAUAGAUUAUUUUUUUAAUAAAGUAAACAAUAUGUC